AUGACUAGCGAAUUCUCAGGAGCUGAAGAAACAAAUAAGCACGAAUACAAAGCUCGUCAGGUGGCGUUAGGGUCUGCGGCAGGCGCUACACGCCAGGAAGUCUCAUCCGACUCCCCCCUGAAGCAGCAAACUUCCGCAGCAGCAACAGCACGACUUUUCGGCUGCGGGCAGAAAACUUCCGUUGGACGUACAGCAGCAGCAGGUGCAGCAGCAGCAAGUGCAGAAACGUCAGCAGCAGCAGCAGCGGCGGCAGCAACACCGCUUGCUGGUGUCUUCACAAGGAAUUCCGCGAAGAAGGCUGUGUCUCAAAGGGCGAUGCACGAAGGGAUAGUGGUAGCUUGUUCUACAGCGGCGUCAGAGAGGCUUCGAACAUGCAGAGCAGCAACCCAGCGAUGCCUCGCGCACGCGUUCGCAGCUUGGCUCUGUGCUGCUGUUGCUGCUGCUUCCUCUGGGAAGACGGCCCCGUCUGGCAGAGCAAGACGCAACAAAGCAGCAACAGCAGCAGCAGCAGCAGCAGCAGCAGCAGGAGCAGCCUCGUCACAUGGUUCCGACGCAAGUGCAACACCAUCAAAAUAUGGGGGGUUGCUGAUGGAGCACGAACAACAACAAGAGCAGCAGCAACAAGAGCAGCAGCAACAAGAGCAGCAGCAACAAGAGCAGCGGCAGCAGAUUCAACAACCCCUCCACGUCACCGUACAGCCAAGCACUUUCUUCUACUUUCCGCCUUCCGUCUACUUCUGCGAUGUGUUAGACAAUCAGCUGCUGGCUGUCUGGAGAGCCCCUCAGGAGCAGCAACAGCUCAGACAGCUCUUUCUCAGGCAGCAGAACUACGCGCUCCAUCAAGAACGGCAGCAGGAGCAGCAAGAACGACAGCAGGAGCAGCAAGAACGACAGCAGGAGCAGCAAGAACGACAGCAGGAGCAGCAAGAGCGACAGCAGGAGCAGCAAGAACGACAGCAGGAGCAGCAAGAACGACAGCAGGAGCAGCAUGAACAGAGAAGUGGCGAGAUGCAUGCAUUGGAAGGGCCUCUGCAGUGGGGAGGAGACUUUUAUUUUCAGCGCCUGCAGCUCGGCUUGCAACAGCGACAGCAGCAAUACCAACAGCAGCAGCGACAGCAGCAGCAGCUUCAGCUGUUGGAGCAACUCGAGGCUGCAGAAGCCUCCUCCGUGGUGGGGUCGCACUUGGUUGCGGACUGGGAUGUAUACGACGUCCUCCCUCGCGCUUUCACGCAGCAGACGGAAGCACAAGGUUUGCGGGCGGGCAGCUGUGAGCGUAGUGGGGGCGUCGUUACACCUGACAGCAGCAGCCUCUUGGCGAAGAGCUGGUGCCCUCCCCUGAGCUGCUUCACUCUGAGAUCUAGAGGCGAUGCGUGGGCGCUUUUGGACUGGAAAACAGUGGCGGUAGAUCCUGACGGAUCGCUGCACGUGUUGGAUUUCUGCGACAUCAGCACCAAAACGGAGCAUGACAUGCUGUACAUACACCCGGAGACGGGAGAGAGUGUCCUCCCCCGCAAGAAGCCGCAAACGCAGGCACCCCUCUGCAGUCCGUGA